AUGGGCGACCAAAGCCGUACCAAGGCCGAGGUUUAUGAUGCGCUUGCCGAAUCUCUCAGCGGUGUGCGCAAGAGCAUGCUCGAACUCUCGAGCAUAGCAAGCAAGGAUGACGUGCUGCCGGCGCAGGGCGCACCGGCGUGGUUUGUCGCGGCCCAGGCGCAGACGGCGGCGCGCAUGGACGCCAUGCAGGUCGCGAUCAACGAACGUUUCAAUCAGCAGGACCGUGUCUUGCGCCGCAUCCUCAUCCAUCAGCGUUACGACGAAAUCGUGCGCUCUGCCCGAUACUUGAAUGCGCCGACGGGUUACCACCACCUGCUCACCGGCAUUCCAACCAUUGCUGUCGAGCCUGCGGACACAGCCCUCGCGGCCCCGCUCCCGGAGUUCACAGUCCCGGCGGGCUUUCCUAACACUGUUGACGUGUUGUGCAACAUGCGGGCGGCCCAGGUAGACGCUCUUCUCGUCGCCUACUCGCUCCCCACCAUCGGUACCCUCGAAGCCCGCCGCUCUCGCCUGAAGCAAUUCAUUGGGCUAAUUGAAUAG